GGAGGAAGUGAGGAGGGAAAACGGAGCAAUCGAGCGGAGUGGCUGAGGCGAGCCAGGGCCGAGCUGUCCACAUUAUUCAACUCGCUUUGACUAUCCGGCUAACUUUAGCUACAUGUGCUGAGGUCGAGGGGGGAAAAGCUGAUGUCAACCGCAACAAUGCCGACCAUUACUCUGCCGCCGAAGGAGAACGCGCUGUUCAAGAGGAUUUUGCGAUGUUACGAACACAAACAGUACAGAAAUGGACUCAAGUUCUGCAAACAGAUCCUGUCCAACCCCAAGUUUGCGGAGCAUGGAGAGACCCUUGCCAUGAAGGGCUUGACCCUCAAUUGUCUGGGCAAGAAGGAGGAGGCCUACGACCUGGUCAGAAGAGGUCUGCGCAAUGAUCUCAAGAGCCACGUCUGCUGGCACGUUUACGGCCUGCUGCAGCGCUCAGAUAAGAAGUAUGAUGAGGCCAUCAAGUGUUACCGCAAUGCUCUGAAGUGGGACAAGGACAACCUGCAGAUCCUGCGGGACCUCUCCCUGCUGCAGAUCCAGAUGAGAGACCUGGAGGGAUACAGGGAGACGCGGUAUCAGCUGCUGCAGCUGCGUCCAGCCCAGCGGGCCUCCUGGAUCGGCUACGCCAUUGCGUACCACCUCCUGGAAGACUACGAAAUGGCCGCCAAGAUCAUCGAGGAGUUCAGGAAAACACAACAGACGUCUCCAGACAAAGUGGACUACGAGUACAGCGAGCUGCUGCUGUACCAGAACCAGGUGCUGAGGGAAGCAGGCCUGCACAAGGAGGCCCUGGAGCACCUGUCCACCUACGAGAAACAGAUCUGUGACAAGCUGGCGGUGGAGGAGACACGAGGAGAGCUGCUGUUGAAGCUGGAGCGUCUGGAGGAAGCCACAGAAGUCUACCGGCGUCUGCAGGAGAGGAACCCAGAAAACUGGUCCUACUACCACGGCCUGGAGAACGCCCUGAAACCUGGCAGCACAGAGGAGAGACAGAAGAUCUACGAGGAAACCUGGGAGAAGUAUCCCAAAGGACUGGUUCCUCGCCGGCUGCCCCUCAACUUCCUGACUGGUGAGAAGUUCCGGGAGUGUCUGGACAGGUACCUGAGGAUGAACUUCAGUAAAGGCUGUCCACCCGUCUUCACCACCCUCAAAUCACUGUACCAUGACAAAGAAAAGGUAGCAAUAAUAGAGGAGUUAGUGGUCGGCUAUGAAACCUCAUUAAACAGCUGUAGAAUGUUCAACCAGAAUGAUGACGGGAAGGAGGAGCCGCCGACCACGUUGUUGUGGGUGCAGUACUUCCUGGCACAGCACUACGACAUGAUCGGCCAGCAGACACUGGCCCUGGAAUACAUCAACACCGCCAUCGAGAGCACACCCACACUUAUCGAACUCUUCCUCAUCAAAGCUAAGAUUUACAAGCAUGCUGGGAACAUCAGAGAGGCAGCUCAGUGGAUGGACGAGGCCCAGGCUCUGGACACCGCCGACAGAUUCAUCAACUCCAAGUGUGCCAAGUACAUGCUGAAGGCUGGCAUGAUCAAAGAGGCCGAGGAGAUGUGCUCCAAGUUCACACGGGAGGGCGCUUCAGCCGUGGAAAACCUGAAUGAGAUGCAGUGUAUGUGGUUCCAGACUGAGUGUGCCCUAGCGUACAAGGCCAUGAACAAGUUUGGGGAAGCCCUCAAGAAGUGCCAUGAGAUCGAAAGGCAUUUUGUGGAGAUCACAGAUGAUCAGUUUGACUUCCAUACCUACUGCAUGCGGAAGAUGACGCUACGCUCCUACGUGGACCUGCUGAAGCUGGAGGACGUACUCCGGAUGCAUCCCUUCUAUUACAAGGCUGCCCGCACCGCCAUCCAGAUCUACCUGAGCCUCCACGACAAUCCGCUGACUGAUGACAGCAAGGAGCUGCAGGCUGACACCGCCAACCUCUCCGACAAAGAGCUGAAGAAGCUGAGGAACAAGCAGCGGCGAGCUCAGAAGAAGGCCCAGCUCGAGGAGGAGAAGAAGAACGCGGAGAAAGAGAAGCAGCUGAAGAACCAGAAGAAGAAAAAGGAGGACGACGAUGAGGAGAUCGGAGGGCCCAAGGAGGAGCUCAUCCCUGAUAAACUGGCCAAGGUAGAAAAUCCACUGGAAGAAGCCGUCAAGUUCUUGAUGCCUCUCAAACACCUGGUCAAAGACAAAAUAGACACACACCUACUGGCCUUUGAGAUCUACUUCAGGAAAGAGAAGUACCUGUUGAUGCUCCAGUCGGUGAAGAGAGCACUGGCCAUUGACCCAGACCACCCAUGGCUACACCAGUGUCUCGUACGCUUCUUUAAAGGGGUUUCGGAGAGUAAGGAUCUGCAGGAGGCCGUGCGGACGGUGCUGAAGCAGGAGAUCACCAGGCUGUUUGGAGACAGCAACGCUAAGAGCUUCAACCAGGCCUACCUCACCAAGCACUCCAACUCCAUACCCCACCGGCUGGCUGCUGCUAAGAUGAUGGUGUACCUGGACUCAUCGACAGAAACAAAGGCAGUGGAGCUGGCCACUGCGCUAGAUGAGUCGCUCAAAAAUAGAAACAUAGAGAUCUGCACAGACGUGCUGGAGAGUCUUCGGAGCGCUGUGCUGGGCGACUGCAAAGAGCGGGCCGAGAUGUACCGCGCCGAGUGUCACACUUUACCCCUACACGUUAGCUUUCAUGCCCCCCGGGUACGAGGAGAACACCAAGAUCGCCAACGGGGACGUUUCCACAGAGACGGAGGAACUGGCCAACGAGAUGUGAGCGCGGGGCGGCACGGCGGCAGACGAGAAAUGGAAUCGGGCCUAGCACGGAGCCUUGUGGUACGCCUGGCAGCCAUUUUGUCGAGCCAGACACAAGGAGCGAAAGAGGCGUUUCGUUCUUUGGCUCAGCUCAAUCUGGUCUGACCUGGCAUGGCUUGGCUCUCCCACAAGGUGAAAAUCAGGACUCAGUGUGUGCGUGUGUGUGCGCGCGCAUGUGUGCGAGAGUGUGUUUGUGUGUGUGUGUGUGUGUGUGUGCGUGUGUAUUUGUGGGCAAGAGAGGGAAAAAGAGGAAAUAACAAAACGGCCAUUUAACUUUUUUUAUAGUGCUGACAACCAUGCUGAAUAUAAAAAUAAACAAUUACUGUCAAGAAACGGGCGGACGCAGACCGUCAAGUUUCCUCGGAGAUCACGAACAACAGUGACAGCGACCUCUCGGGUUUGACUCAGUGCUGCUCUGACGUACGUGCACUAUCACACGCUGCACUGUGAUCAGUGCUCCCCUCGUUUUAAAAGCAAAGCUAAUUUAUUUGAAAAGAAGACACAAACCUGUCACUGGGUAACGGGAAGACUGAGCAAACUGGAUCUCUGGCAGAUCUGACGGACGCUGAGCAGAAAGUUACUAAAGACCCAAAUUAGGCACUGAGGACAUGCGAAUCCACUGGACACAGGUGGGUAUAUCUGAAUUUACCAUGACGGUUACCUGCACUCCAAAAAGAAAAAAAAAAAAGAAAAAAAUUGAUGUACAUCUGGCCGUACAGCGGAUUGUGGUAGGAGGUCCUGCCUCUGAAGUGGUGUAUC